AUGUUAUGCAUGCAUUUAUUAUAUGCCAUAUCUAUCCAGCCUCAGAGCAGUCUGCUGGUGAUGCUUGUGGCUGCUGAAAUAAUUGUUCGCCCACAAGUUCCUUCAAGUCAAUCAAAACUCUCUUUAAACACUUCUUCUUCUUCUUCUUCUUCUUCUCUAUCUCUUUCAUCUCUCUCUCUCUGUUUGUCUAUCUUACAUAAACGCUUCUCUCUCUGUAUCUUCUUGUUCUCCUGUUGUUCACCUUUCCUUUCCUCCUAUUCCCGUUCCUCUCUCUUUCUCUAUUACUUCUGCUCGUCCCGAUUGCAACACCCAAAUGGCCAUCAUUGGCGAUUCUACGGGAACUUGACCUAUGUAUCUCUUCUCCUACACAGCUGCUGCAGCUGCUGCUGCUGCUUCUUCUUCUUCUUCUUCUUCUUCUUCUUCUUCUUCUUCUUCUUCUUCUUCUUCUUCUUUAUUGCAUCCACUGUUAUAGAGCGCUUCCUAAAAACGGAGACCCAUACAUAUAAUAUUCAAGUGUGCCAUAUUCCCUGCAUUUCUUCUUCUUCUUCUUCUUCUUCUUCUUCUUCUUCUUCUUCUUCUUCUUCUUCUCUCACACCCCUCUCUCAUUCUGUUCUCUCUUUGUCUAUCUGUUUGUCUCUCUUACAUAAACUCUUCUCUCUCUUUCUUCUUGUCCUUCUACUGUUCACCUUUCCUUUGCUUCUAUUACCCCUCCUCUCUCUUUUCCUAUUACUUCUGCUCAUCUCGAUUGCUCUCUCCUUCUACUCCUACUUCUUUCCCCCUCCUUCUCGUGUGCUGUUUGCAUUUUCUUUUCUUCCUUCCUUCCUUCCUUCCUUCCUUCCUUCCUUCCUUUCUUUCUUUCUUUCUUUCUUUCUUUCUUUCUUUCUUUCUUUCUUUCUUUCUUUCUUUUCAUAUACCACCCCACCUGUACGUGUGUAUUUUCUCCUACUUCUCCUUCCUCUUUUCUUCUCCUCUGCCUACUCCUUCGCUUUUUUCUGUCCUUCUCUCUUACUAUUCUGA